GCAUCUCUCUAUCACCACCAUUACUACCACCACCACCCGAGCUUUACCACCACCACUCGAACUUUACCACCAGCACUCGAACUUUACCACCACCACUCGAGCUUUACCACCACCACUCGAACUUUACCACCACCACUCGAACUCUAUCACCACCACUCGAACUCUAUCACCACCACUUGAACUCUAUCACCACCACUUGAACUCUAUCACCACCACUCGAGCCCUACCACCUUCACUCGAACUCUACCACCACCACUCGAACUCUAUCACCACCACUCGAGCCCUAUCACCACCACUUGAGCCCUACCACCACUACUCGAACUCUACCACCACCACUCGAGCUCUAUCACCACCAUUCGAGCUCUAUCACCACCACUCGAGCCUUAUCACCACCACUACUCGAACUCUAUCACCACCACUCGAGCCCUACCACCAUCACUCGAACUCUAUCACCACCACUAUAACCACCACUCGAACCCUAUCACCACCACUCGAAUUCUAUCACCACCACUCGAAUUCUAUCACCACCACUUGA